CCACUCCAGAACAGAACAUAACAAAACUCAGCAAACCAACACAAUACCAACCCACAUUCAUCUCAUCCGUUCAACCUUUUCAAAAAAUGGACUCAGAUCAAACCUUUCAUGCAAAGACAUUGUUCUAUCAAGGUUCAUAUGCAGCUUGUCAUGCGGCGAUCGGUCAAAUCGAAGAACCAUCAUUCCAAUUGAUCUUAUUCUCAGCUCGAUCAUUGAUAGCAUUAAAGAAACCAAAAGAAGCCAUUGAAAUCUUAAAACCAUAUCAUGCUGAUCACCCAGCAGCCAAAGCUGUAACCUUACUAGCCAAAUAUCAUUCUAAACCAAAUCAUAAUCAAACAGAAAAAGAAAGUAUUGGAGAAGAAGCCGAAGGAUUAGCUGAUGAAAUCUUAGAUGAAGAUCAUGAUGGAAUAGAUUCAAUCUUAAGAGUUACAAUCGCAACCGUUUUACAUUUAAUUGACAAUACAAAUUUAGCUAUCUUUUUAUUAAAACAAGGUGUACAAUUAAAAUCAUUAGAAUCAGUUAGUUUAUUGAUUUAUCUUUAUUUAACUUCUAAAGUUAAACGACCCGAUUUAGCUAGAAUGUUAUACAAAUCUGUUAAAGGUUGGGCAGACGAUGCUAUCUUAUUACAAAUGACUGAAGCUUGGAUUGGUACGGUGACUGGUUCUGGUGCCAAUACUAAUGGAAAAGAAUCGGGUGGUUAUCAAUCUGCUUUUUAUGUGUUUGAUGAAAUUUCUAGUUCUACUGGUUCGGAUUCGGUUUCUGUUAAUGUGGCUGGUUUGAAUGGGAAAGCUGUCACACAACUCGCUAUGGGUCACGUUGAAGAAGCACAAGCCAAUCUAAGUGAAGCUUUGAAAGCAAACCCGAAAGAUGAGACCACACUGGCCAACUCAAUAGUAGCUAGUGGACAUGCCGAUAGUGCGGUAUCAACCGCUGGAGAACAUCUCGAGCAAUUAAGGUCGAUUAAUCCUUCACAUCCAUUGGUUGUGGAUCUUGAUCGACAAUUGGCUCUUUUUGAUGAAGCUGCCAGUAAAUUUGUUGCUUCUAAAGCUUAACUUGAUUGAUGGACUGAAAUUUGGAGAUUGGAAAUGUAUUAGUUUUGAAUAAGAAGAUUUGAGAGUAGGUAUGGGGAUUGAAAGGGUUUUGCUAUAUGAUGAAGAUAUUGUGGAAGUCAAAUUUACAAUAAACACAUGAUUUCUCCUUGCAAAAGAUUCACUACUUCAAGUUCUUCAUU